AUGCAUUCACAGCAGUGGGCGGCCGGGGACCCGGAGCAAAGCGGUGACUGGGUCACGACAAAGUUCAAAACCACUCCAUUGAUGUCAUCGUAUCUGCUGGCUGUUCUGGUCUCUGAAUUUGAGUAUAUUGAGCGUAAUACGAAGACCGGAGUUAAGUUUGGGCACGACCAGAAGGCAAAAGAGAUGACAAGAUAUGCUCUGGAUGCUGGCAUCAAAUGCCUUGAGUUCUAUGAGGAUUAUUUCGGCAUCAAAUUCCCUCUUGAAAAGCAAGACAUGGCUGCGAUCCCUGACUUCCCGUCUGGAGCGAUGGAGAACUGGGGUCUCGUUACCUACAGGCACGAGUUCAAAGCAACUCCCCAUGAAUGA